AUGACCCACGCCGAGCUCAUUUUCGUCCCAUCGCCUGGCAUGGGCCAUCUCAUACCGAUGGUCGGGAUGGCCAAGCUGCUUGUCGACCGUGACCCACGCCUCUCUGUCACCGUCCUCAUCAUGAGGCUUCUGUUCGACUUCGAUGUCGAUUCAUACACAAACUCGCUCGCCACCACUGGGGCCGCUGCCCGCAUCCGCUUUGUUCAUCUCCCACGUGAGAACGCCAACACUGUCAUCUCCUCGGGCAAUUUUCGCACCCAUUUUAUUGAAAGCAACAUGCCCCUCGUCAAGCAGGCUGUUGCCAAGAUCGCCGACUCAGCCGGCUCAACCAGGCGGCUUGCAGGGUUCGUUCUUGACAUGUUCUGCACCACCAUGCUUGACCUGGCGGAUGAGUUCGGAGUACCAUCCUAUAUCUUCUUCCCGUCAAGCGCUGCUUUCCUCGGCAUGAUGCUGCACCUCCAGUCACUCCAAGACGAGCACAACGUGGACGUAGCUGAAUUCAAGGAUGCGGCUGGCGAACUGGACAUCCCGAGUUUCAUGAACCCUUUGCCAGCCAAGGUCUUACCCUCCGUGGUUCUUAUGAAGGAGGCGAUCGGACCGUUUCUGGAGCACGCCAGGAGGAUGAGAGCGGCCGCAGGCAUUGUUGUAAACACGUUCGACGAGCUUGAACCUCAUGCAAUAAGGUCCUUAGCAGGCCUAGGGGCGCCCGUGGUGUAUCCAGUUGGGCCAAUAUUAAAUCUGAAGGGUGAGAUAAAAAAGAAGGCUAACAGCGGAGGCGAUGACAUCAUGGAGUGGCUCGACGGGCAAUCACCUUCAUCGGUGGUUUUCCUAUGCUUCGGGAGCAUGGGGAGCUUCGGCGAGGACCAGGUGAAGGAGAUGGCUUGCGCGCUGGAACGUAGUGGACAACCCUUCCUGUGGUCCCUGCGGCGGCCCUCGCCAAAGGGCAAGGUUGAAAUCCCUCGUGACUACAUGGACCCCGCGGAGGUCUUGCCCAGAGGGUUCCUAGAUCGGACAGCUGGCUUCGGGAAAGUGAUUGGGUGGGCCCCACAGAUUGCGGUCCUAGGGCACCCAGCAAUUGGGGGGUACGUGUCGGGCUGCGGAUGGAACUCCACCCUAGAAAGCAUAUGGUUCGGGGUGGCCAUGGCCACAUGGCCCUUGUACUCGGAGCAACAGCUCAAUUCGUUCGAGCUAGUAGUGGAGCUGGGCCUCGCAACGGAAGUCAGGAUGGACUACAGGAGGGAUUUCAAGAUGGAGACCAAUGCCGUAGUGAUGGCGGACGAAAUAGAGGGCGUAAUAAGGAAGUUAAUGAGGGAGGUUGGCGGUGAGAGAUGGAGAAAGGUGAAGGAGAUGAGCGAGAAGAGUAGGAAGGCGUUGGUUGAGGGUGGCCCUUCCUAUUUGUCUUUGAGUCGUUUCAUUGAAGACAUCUUCAAUAAUAUGCCUUGA